ACUUUUGUGCUUGGUUGCACUUAAAUAGGCUAUUAACAAAUAAUAUCGGCCUUUUAAAAAUGUAGACAAGAUUUCAUGCAUUUGUAUUUUAAUUAUAUAGAUUUCAAGCUAAAAAAAUAAAUGUAGCCAGUGUUUAUUUCGGUUUCAUGUUCUUGGUAAAUCUGGAUUUAGUGAGGAACUGAUAUGAUCCAACCUCAAGCCAACUUCACGAGGGGUUAAACGAAACUUAUCGAGAAAUGGGAGGUCUUACCCGCGCGAGUGAGGAUGUUGAGAAACGGCGCCCAAGGUCAUGUUUUUUUUUUGUUUUUGUUCUCUCUCUCUCUCUCUCUCUCUUUUCUGUGUCUGUGUGUGAGAGUUGCACCGCCGCUCGCUAGAUGCUGCUGUCCGGUUUCAGCCCUCAAACCCAUGAAAACAGAACCGAAGAAAUAGGAGCUCCCCAUGAACGCGGCCAUUGUGACGUUUUUGUUUUAUUGUGCACUAUCUGCACGAGCCCUCAAAAAAGAAAUAAAGCGACUCGUUUAAUUGAGACAGACGGCGGUUCAUGGCCAUCUCUGUUUGUUUGGUGCCUCUCGCACAUCCUUUGCUUUGUUCGCGGCGAAGCGGGCCCUGACGUAUACACGGCAGCUGCUAAAUCUUCUGUUUGAGACGCUGUCGAUGGCAGGAUGCUGGAUAAACCCGGUGAGAAGGUGCAGCAGUCUGGGCUCUGCUCAGACUGCGGCUGCAGUUUCAUCCCACCUCAACUGAACCUCGUCCCAGACUCUACCGCCUCAGACUCCUCCGAGCAACUGACAGACAAAACAGACAGUCCCUCUAAAUGUCCAUCCUGCCAGGCGGGCGGCGUUGGUGGGAGCAGCAGCAGCAGCCCCCCCAAUGGACGGCGACCCCACAGGCGCAUUCGCCUGGAUCCGCACAGCUGUGCCCUGUGCUCCAAGACGUUCAUCUCAUCGGCCCAUUUGGCUCUUCACCUGACCUCGCACAACAAAGAGAGGAAGUUUCGAUGCGGCAUCUGCAGCAAAUACUUCCAUCAGUCGUCCCACCUGAUGGCUCACAAGAAAAUUCACAGUGGAGACCGCCCGUUCAAGUGCCCCGACUGUGGGAAGUCUUUUGGCCGGGCUUCACACCUCAAGACGCACCGCCGGCUCCACACGGGCGAGAAACCCUUUAAAUGCACCUUCUGUGGCAAGUCCUUCACCCAGAAGGCCGGGCUUCUGGCGCACGUUCGCCUGCACACAGAAGAGAAGGUAUACAAGUGCAAGAAGUGCGGCAAGGUGUUUCCCUCCUUGUCGCUGCUGCUCUCUCACAAAGCCGAGGAGGCCUCCAGGGAGGACAAACCUGCCCCCGCCCCUCCGCUCAGCCAGCCCCAGGAGACGCCAAGCAGCAUUGAGGAUCUGAAGUGCGGCGUCUGCUGUCGCACCUUCGUGCGCUCCUCUUACAUCCGGCUGCGCGUGCGCCUGAAAAAAGGACAGCGGCCCUACCACUGCAAGGUUUGCAACAAGACUUUUGUCAAGCUGGAUACGUUUGUGAACCACUGCGAGAAACACCUGAGGCAGAAAAAGGAGAAAAACAAGGACGCGAAAGAGAAAGUCGUCAAACCCCCCCUCUUCGUCCCCAUCUCCCGGCAACUUUCGCCUGAGGACUUCUCCUCUCAGGGUUUACCCUCGGAGGUCAGCACACGCUCCAAAAACAAAACCAAGAUUAAGAUCGAGACGUAAGGAGAUGAAAAACAAAGACAAAUGUGCAACUCCACAGUUUCCUCCAUUAUGUCUGUCAACUUUGUUGAAACAAAGAAGACAUAAUUUAAGUGUAUUUUUAUUUAAACCAAGUCAAGAUGUGUGUAUAAAUUGUUCCACUAUUUCAUGAUACAAUAUUAGAAAAGUUUCAGGCACAGCAACGUUUUGAAGCACUUAGAGAAAGAUUUAAGUUAACAAAAAAUGUUAAUUUAUUGAAAAUGAAUAAGCUAAAUAUUUCCAAUAAUCAGAAACUUCCUUGUGUUGUUGGUUGACUCGUGUUCCAAGCAUAUGUCGAUACUUCCGGGAUAGAAGUUAACAAAAAAUGUAAAAACUGAAAUAGACGUUCACACAGGGCAAAGUUAAGGUGAUGUCUUUAUAAAAAUCACACAACGUGACACUGUAAAUAUUGAUAGUACAUCAAUAGAUGAGUAAAACCAUAAAAGUGUACUGUAGUGUUUUGCACCUUAAGUCUUGUAAUAAUAAAGUUAAACUUAAGUCUGA